GGAUUGCUCGAAGCUGCCCAGGUGUAACGGGAUUUAGCGCCCUGCGGUAGAAAGAGUGCAUCAUCAGCUCGACCGAGGACCACCACCUGGGCAGCUUCUCAAUGGAUAACCAAAGCGGGCGCUUUUCGCCGCAAUCCAUUGUCCUCAUGCUCCCGACAUCCCGGCACGUGCCUGGCCGUCCUGUCUUGACAUGACAAUCCAUGGAUGUCGUGCAGACAUUGUUAGUCAACCCAUCGUCAACAAUACCGUUGUCGUCGUCGUCAUGGAGGAGAAAUGAUCUGGUAGACACGUCGGAUCUGCAAUGCAUGCUGUGCGCAUCACAGGUGAGCGAGCCACAAGCGCUCACUCAAUCAACGGAAUGGCGUUGACGCAUGGCCGUCAUGACUGUUGUGCUGUCUCCCGAUUGAAAUCGUUCACCGUCCCACGAAAUUCGUCCACGAUUGUCCGACAUAUUCCGACUCACGGGACGACCGGUCGAUGUUCGCGAUCUUUAUUUUUAUUAACGGCGCCUGCGCUUUCGAAUCGACGAAACACUGGGCACCGUCGGCUUGCAACGUCCCUUCGAAUAACGUGUGUCUACGCAAAGCUAAUUUCAUGGCCGUAUCUACCGUCACGAUUCCCGAAAAUCCAGGCUGUGAAGAUCCCUCGCUGGCACGAUGAGACGAUAACGCCAUGGCCGGGAAGUCUGUGUGCAUUAGGGCUAGACAGCGUGGGAAGCCAGUUGCUCUGGCGCGUCGGGGCGCUCGAGCCAGCAAAUCUCUUCACGAAAUAGGUCAAACCAGGUCAUACCAGGUCGAUGGGUGCAGUACCAUACAUGAGCUUGGUACUGGACAGUCUCAAUCGCUCUUUCUGA